AUGAAACGUUCAGAAACAGAAUAUCGCAGCAAAAUCAAUAGCAAUAGCAUUAUGGAGUAUUCAUCUUAUUCGUCAUCGAUACAAAAGACAAGUGUCUUUAUCAAUCCUUCACUUGAAAUAUCAAAUGGUGGCAUCUCCUACUUUAAUACAUUUCUCAUUGAUUUGACCAAUUGCAUCGUCAUUGAGAGUAUCAAUCGGUCGAAGCAAUCGGUAGCUCAGUCGAAAUAUCUAUCGGUCGAUGCCGUACAGGACUCGAUCAAUCAGAUCUUUAGCUAUGAGCUGUCAGAUGUACUCACGGAAAUCAGACACAAAGCCGUCCAGAUCAACAAUAUAACCAAUCGAUUGUUGGAAGGACAUUCUAUCGACUCUUUACCCAAUCUUUCAUCCUCAUUGACAACAUCCACCAUUUCCUCUUCCGAGAUCAACAAACCAGUAACACAAUCACCCCAAUCUCAUCAUCAUCAAUUGGAUGCUGUUACUUUAAUUGGUAGCAAUCAACCAGAAGAAAUCAAACCAAAUACUAAAAUAAUUGAAUCGCCAAUCAUUGAACCAAUUACCAACACCAACACUACUCCUACAGAAACAACUACAACAACUCAAUCGCCAAAUAUAAAUACUGCUAUUACUCCAAAAGUUGAAUCUCCAAAACAAACAACAUCACCAAUCAUUUCUUCACCAACUACACCAACUCCUGUAAAUAUCCAAGAUAACACUACCGCUACACAAACAACCUCUACAAUUACCAACACUACCACUACAACCACCAAACCAAACACUCAACCAACAAAAGAAACCAACCAAGUUACCAAGAGAGAUGUCAAAUCACCAACAACAACAGCCACCACCAAAACAAUUACAUCACCAAUUCAAACACAUGUCAAUUUGACAGCUAUAACAAUACCUUCACUUAUAUUUGUUAACAAACCUUUCGAUUUGGUACAAGCACUUAAAAACGAUCAUAUUCUAUUAGAAAAAAGUAAUGGUAUAUUGUUAGUCUUUUUAAUACUUGUUGGUCUUUUAAUACAAACUGUAUAA